AGCACUUCCUCCAUGCGUAGUUUUCGGUGAAAUGAGCUCAGUUACGUGUUUUUAAGAGCUUUAACGCCAAAGUCUUUUAUUGUAAUAACGUGGCAGUGGGCUGUUGUGUUGUGUCCAGAAUGGCGGCGGACGUGUCCAAACACUAGUGUGUAACACACCGGGAGUUUCCCUUCAUUUGUAGCAGGAACUCAUCAGGAGCUUCCAUGGAGGGUUUGGAGGAGAAGCUUAAAGUUCUGUCCAUCGCUAGGCGGUCCUGUCCGGAGGAACCCACCUACCUGCUGGAUGUUGCCUUGCAGCCGAGUGGCCUUCUGGCGGUGUCCUGCUCCAACUUCACCAUCCACCUGCACAACAAGGACACUUUGAAGCAAGUGGGAGAGUAUCAAGGCCACAACGGGCGGCUCUGCGGGGUCACGUUUGGCCACACCUCCUCUGACCUCCUGUACUCCGGUUCUGCUGACGGGACGGUCCGCGUGUGGGACGUCCGCCAACCCGGGACGGAGGCAGCCCAGAAGUUUAAAAGCGAUCCAGCGCACUGUUACUGCAGCUUCGACCUGAGCUGCAGUGACAUGCUCCUGUGUGCCGGCACUGAGCAAGUGGACAGCGAGGACAGCUUCCUCAUUUUCUGGGAUUCCAGGAAACCGGCAGGUGGGCUUCUUGGGGUAUACUCUGAGUCGCACAGCGAUGACAUCACACAGGUGCGCUUCCAUCCCCGGGAUAAGGACCGCCUGGCUUCGGGCUCCACAGAUGGCCUCGUUAAUGUUUUCGACCUCAGCCGGGGGGCGGAGGAGGAUGCGCUGCUCGCCACCUGCAACAGCGACUCAUCAGCGAGCUCAGUGUGCUGGUCCGGGGCCAACUACACCCAGCUGCUGUGCCUCAGCCACGAUGAGGGGUUGCACCUGUGGGAUUUGGGCCAGCUGGAUACAGAUGAGCCUCUCACCAUCUUCAGCACCUCCGACGCUCGCAGCCUGACUCUACUGGCUGACGGGCGAGGCGUGGACUACCUGGUGGGGGGGCGGUGGCUAGAGGACACCCAAAAGCUGCUGGUGGUCGGCGGGAAGAACAACGGAGACCUCCACCUGAUGGAGUGUGACGCCAGGGGUCUUCAUCUGCUCAGGAGCCUAGAGGGUGGCCACGCCUCCACGGUGCGCUGCUUCCUGUGGGAUGCAGCAGGGGAGGCGUUGUUCACCGGGGGGGAGGAUGCACAGCUUCUGCUGUGGAAACCGGGUGGAGAGGAGCUCACACCAGGGAAAAGGGAGUCUAUGAAGAGCGAGUCAGCUCUAAGACUCAAAUCCAGACCUCAUAAAAAACACGGCUACCACAGAGAAAAGACGACGGCGUAGCAGAGGAACAAAGUGAACCUGACUGAAGCAGCCCUGUGUCCUACAAUUUAAAGCAGCUCAGCUGCUGAGGACGAUGUCAGUAAGCAGAUGAAAUGGUGUUCAUCUUUGCCUCAGCUGUUGAUAGAUGCUGUUGUUUAUACUGUGCAGUUCUGUUUACAAGCAAAACAUAUUCUUGUGUGUCAUAGCAGCCUGAAUGUGGACCUUUUUAGUGUUUACAAAGAAACCAGCUUGCAGGAAAAUUGUGACCAGGUGACUUUGAAAGGCAAAUUGUAUUUUAGUCUUUGAUAAAGAUCUGGUGGCCCCAGCUAACAAACAGGGCAAGUAUUUUAAUAUGAAGAGAGCUGUGUGUGUUUAAUAAAAACUUUGGCAUGCUGUGUGACUGCACCACAACAAUCAGUCUUUAUAGUUAUUAUAUUUGUAGCACGCAGGACUGUAGCAUUUCUCUAGAAGCACAUCUCAGUUUUUAGGCUACAAUUGCUGUUCCAGCACAUCACCAGCCACCACCCUGAGAGCUCUGGACAGCCUUAGUUCUCUUUGGCUGGACAUUUUCCACUGAUUGGUUUAGUGAUUUAUGUUCAUUGAAUCAUAAAAGCAGCUUUUCAUGUCUGUAUUCUCACAUUCAUCUGUCCUGUGCCCUAUGUGCUUGC